CAGCAGCAAGACCGUGUACGACGACAUCAACUUGGUCAUGUACCCUGACUACAUGGAACCUUGCCCAACGGAUUCCGUGAACAUUCGCCAUGUUUGUGUUCCAGUUGAACCAUCUCAUGCAGAGCAAGUCAAGUUUCCCGUCUUUCAGCAGUUGGAUGGGCUCUCCUACCGGACGACGAGCUCCGAAGAGGUCCCGCCACCAGAGACGCGCAACGACGCUCUCGGGCAACUGGGGGAUCAAAGUCAUGCUGCAAGCUCAGACAACAGUGUGCACAGAGGGGAUUUCCGUGUUGCGCCAUGGAACGACUCUUCGGCGGUCCCCGUAGAAGGAGGCUCUUGUCCGGCAUUCGGCACGAGGCCAGACAACAACGCAUGCCACGGAAGCACCGAGGGAAGUGUGAGACAGCACGGCUCGGAUGGAAUUCCUCUGUCUACGGUAGAAAAUCUAAUCACUUGCCCGGCUUGUAGCCGUGUUUUCAACCGUGCACCAGUGUGCCAAGAGUAUCUCCUGCAACUCAACCGACCUGUGCAGUGCCUCUGCGGAUGCGUCCUCUGCACAAUCUGCUACAGAGAGCAGGGAGGCUGUCAGAGGCACGGAGUCAUCUCCAAGCACGGAGCCGUGAACUACACGGCGAACGUGCUCGCGGAUCUACCGGAGAUGGAGUCCGUAGGAGUUUGGGAUCUCAAAAGAGAAGACGGUGACCGCAUCAUGCUGAAGGGCGAAACAGAGCAAUGCGUUCAAAUAAUGUUGGCUGAAAGGACACCAGCUCCUGACGAACUCAAGCGAGCGUUCCAGACCGUGUUACAGAAUCCAGCAAACGACAUGUCUUUCGCCUACUGGGAUAAUCAAGUUUUGCCCGAGGAGGAUGCCCACAGAUAUGUUUGCAUCCCUCACGUCCCGGGCUUCUGGGACCACAUGCUUGUGGGGAAAUGGUGCCCAGCUAGCACCCAGGGGGUGAUCGGGCCCGACUUGCUCCUGCCACGGCUGUUCGACGUGGACAUGGGUGGCCAUUCCUUCCACUGGUGCUGUUUCGUGCUGAAGGAAGAUAUCUUGUUGGUCGCGUGGUGCCGAAAGGACAACUCUCUCGUUGUUCCGCUGAUCGACAGUUCUUUGAGGGAAAUAGUUUCCCACACUGCGUUCCGGAAGAUGAUGUUCUAUCUGCGCACGUGGAUUGAAGUCCAGUACAGCUGGAGGAGAGACGCCGAACGCGUCAAAAGGAAUGUCCACGCGGUCCUGGACUGCAAGCCAUCUGAGGGACCCUCCAUUGCCCACGUCGUCGCUCGACUCGCCGCACGAAGCGGAAUGGAGAAAGCAGAGCCCACCGACCGACACCUGAGAAGACGACCGAUUGCAUUGGACACAGAUGUGUUUUUUGCAAAAAACGCAGCAGCGGCCGCGCUGUUCGACUACAGGCCAAGGUUUCAGUGUGACUCGCAAACGCUCUACUUGAACGUGGCGGAGGAGUUCAGCAAUUACCACUGUCGCUCUCAUGACAAUCUAGUGACUCAGCCCAUUUGCACCUUCUUGGACAAUGGCUACAUAUAAUGUGUUUUCACUUGCUCUCCAAUCCACAUUGUAUAAAGACAUACUUCUUUUUUAUUUGGUUUGGAGGUAUACGGGAAUACGGCUGCAUAUGGAGAGCGUUUUCAGAAGGUCGUGUUUUACCAAAACUAUUUUAGACCUUACGACUUGCUAUUGACUCAAUAAAGUUUUUUUUUUCUUUUACUGUUGUCUUUCUACCUAACCUGUGUGCCAUUAUAUUCUGAGAAAAUACAGGAACUGUCCCUUCAUGAAAUGUUACAUGUAUUUGUCCUUUGUUCAAUAAAAUUGCUUUGACGUACAUGGAGGCCUCUUUCUUGUAUUUUAACCUCUUCUGUCUACAUCUUUUUCAACAAACCAAGAACAAAUCCAAGAGAAACUGUCCAGUAGUAAUGUUUAGAAUUUAUUUUGUACAGGCUUUGUUAAAACACUUCACAGAAUGCUAUUCCGAAUAAGAAUAGCAGAAUAACAGCAAAGAAAAAGAAAUAGACCUUUACAAGGUCAAAAACCUUGAGGCUUAUUUUACAUUUGUUCCCAAUCACAAGAAAAAAAAAAAA